AUGAAUAUGCCCAGCUCCAUCGAAGAUCCUCAAAAUGUGCCUCCAGUAUCCAAGGCCCAGAGGAUGGCCCAACCAUUCCCACAACCAGAGCCUGACAUAUCCCAUAUUGAACAUGUGCUUUCUUCAGGAAUUGAGAAACCAGAUCAUAUGGAUUUCAGGCGUGUUAAUUCCGAAGUUGCCAAAUAUACCAGCGGGGUGCUGAUUCCCAUAAGCGAUGAAGAAGAUCAACGGCUCAGGAAACUCAUCGAUAGACGAGUGUUGAUAAUAAUGAUCCUGACUUACUUUAUACAAGCGUUCGAUAAAGGAACGCUGGCAUUCACAUCGAUCAUGGGAAUUAGAGCAGAUGCUCAUGUGUCUGACCAACAGUAUCCAUGGCUCACAACGUGUAUUUAUCUCGCAAUUCUGGUCGUGGAAUACCCCACCAAUUGGAUCAUCCAACGCGUACCAAUUGCCAAAUAUCUAGGGAUAAAUGUCUGUAUUUGGAGUAUCAUACUCUCCAUGCAUACCCUGUGUCACAAUUUCGAAGGUCUAGUCAUCGCUCGCACACUUCUGGGGAUCUUUGAAGCAGCAUGCCAGCCCAUAUUCGUCGUCUUAUCUAGCAUGUGGUACAAGAGAGAAGAACAAGCUGGAGUAGUUAUAUAUUGGUACAUGAUGAACGGCGCUCAACAAAUCGUCGGCGGGCUCCUCGCCUACUGCUUCACCCUCCUCAAAACCGGGCCCCUCAGAUCCUGGCAAGCCAUCUUCGUCGCCUACGCCUGUUUCUCCUUUCUCUGGGGCAUAUUCAUCCUAAUCUGGAUGCCCGACUCCCCUAUGCGCGCCAAAUGCUUCAGCGAAACCGAUAAGAAACUAAUGGUGGAACGUGUGCGUUCCAAUCAGACCGGGAUACAAAACCGCAGAUUCCGCGUCGAGCAUGUGAAAGAUGCUUUUACCGAUCCGCAAAUGUAUUGUUAUGUCCGCAACACCAAUCUCGGCACCAAAGUUGGCCUGCUAAUCUCCUACUACAUAACCCUCUCUUUCUGGUCAACUGCUACUCUUUCUUUGACCCUCAUGUCCCGCAAUGUCGCCGGCCAAACCAAGAAAACAAUCGUCGUAGCUGCAAAUUUCAUAUGUUGGGCAGCUGGAAAUGCAAUUGGCCCUCAAGUUUUCCUGAAGAAAGAUGCCCUGCGUUAUUUUAUCGCAUUCGCUACCCAUAUUGGUUGUUACACGUUACUUCUUCUAGUGUUGCUCUAUCUGAGAUGGCAUUUGACGAGGGAAAAUAGGAAGAAAGAUGAGCUGGCUGAGGCGGGAGUGAGAGAGGCGAAUGAUCGGGAUAUGGUACACGCGUUUGAUGAUUUGACGGAUAGGGAGAAUCCUAACUUUAGGUAUGUUUAUUAG